AUCAUGCUCCCUCAUUUGCAAAUUGCAUCCGCAUAGAAGUCGACUGCUUUCGAAGUUCGCUGAAUGCUUUGCACACCCUCCUCUCUUCUUGGACAGCUCCCCCGAGACGUGCCGCGCUCGUUCCCGCCGACUUCAUCGUUUUGACUUUUACAGAUGCCACACUCUUAUUUUCCGAAAUCGAAGCGGAGGUACUGCCACUGGUACAGCUUGAUGGCUUCGACUUUGUGGCCAGAUCGCGAUGGACUCUGAAAAAAAACUCAAUUGGAAACAUUGGUGUCGCGAUUGCAGUGGCAGAAACUAACAUUGGUUCUGCAGCUGAAUAUUUUGAAGUGUGCUUCUGAAGACGAUGCUCAUAAGGAACUUGCUGCGCUCACCCAGAACUGUAUGCAGAAGCUGGCCGACAACCAAGAUCUAGAACGACGGUUAGAACUGGUAGGAGCACAGCUCCAACAGAAUACGCUCAGAGAUUCCGUGGCCAUUUACUCAGACUACAGUGAUGGAUCGGAUUUAACCGUUUGUCCGAAGGGAACAGGCACACUCGACGCCUACCUUAUCCAACACGAGUUCGAGGAAACUCUCUAUGCGAGUUGGGUAUAUCGCAGAAAUCAGUCCUGUCGCGAGAGCAUGUCGAUCCGGAGCUCAGUGGUCCGGCAAAGUGCCUGGUCUGUGUUAUCUGAGCUGAGUCUGGCGCAGAUAUCUAUAAUCUCUGUUAUUGCCCUGCCAGUUCAGCGCUCAGAGCUUUUUAAUGCUCAGUGGUAUACACGCAAUGAAAACCAGGGAGAGGAGGCCAAAGACGAUUGCAAUACUGGCAGGCUGGCAUUGGGCUCUAAGAUUCAGCAGCCAGGAUCAUCUCCUGGGAACCAGAACACUAUUUCUUGCGAAGAGCAAUAUGGAUUGAGCAAUACUGGCGAUGAGGGCUCUGCAAACACCCUUGAGAACACUGAAGUGAAUCAAGACAUGCUCAAAGGUGAAGGCAUUGACUCCGAUAUUGCCGAGAUCGAAUUGCCUCUACAGGGUACCGCACAUACGCUCCGAAGUGACCAUCAGAACCCGGGAAACGCUCACACAGGACGCAAUACUCUCGCAACGAACCCAGAAAUACACGCUGUCCUCUCGAAGGCUCUCCAAAAAGCCAAUAUUGCUGUCCUCCGUGACAAUAAUAAUGACUACUCGAGUGCCAUCGACAGUUACACGGAUGCCUGCAAUCUAUUAGGGCAAGUGAUAGAAGUCGCGCACGGCGUGGAGGAUGUAAGGAAAUUGGAAUCUAUUAAGAAUACAUACUUUAGUCGCAUCACUGAACUGGAAUUAUUGCCAGGAAGAGCAAAGUGAAUCAGGCACGAAAUUUCAAGUCGAG